CGGCUGGGUGUCUGUUGAAAGUGAAGUGUGUUUGGUGUGCUACUGCCAUACCGGAGUUUUUCCUCUGUUGUCUGUCUUUCGUUUCGUGUUUUUGUCGGUUUCUAACUUCACUCUCGAGGCCUUUCCAUAUCGCUUCAACAAACCCAGCGCCGUAGCGGACUCGAAGGAUGUUUUAGAAAAGUUCCCGAAGCGUUCUUUGAGGAACCGGUGGACCGCGGACCCCACCGAGAUGGGUAGGCUAGCCGCUAGCUGAGUUGUUAGCCGAGAAUCACAGAUCACAGGCUCGGAGCUAGCAUGCUAACAGCUAGCUAGUUUUAACAUUUCGUCGGCCGUCCGAGCGACUUUGUGAACCCGUAACGCCUCAGCUACCGCCAGUUGCUCCUCGGGCCCGGCUGCUACACCGUGAAGAGCCCGUCGGGAGGCCAGCUAACUCAGGAUAACCCCGUUUGUGUCGAGAGGGAAUCGGCGGAGCAGUAUUGUUGAGAGGUGCCUGUUGUUCAUCUCUGAGCCCAGACGAUGAGCAUGCUGUCCAACGUACAGAACCAGCCACUGUUUCCCAACCCGGCCGGGCAGCAGAACCCCACGGGCCAGGUCCUCGCCUUCCACCCAAAACCCACCUUACAGAUCAAGAAGAGCGCCAUAACAGACGACUACAGGGUGACCACCCAGGUGUUGGGGCUGGGCAUCAAUGGCAAAGUGUUUGAAAUCUUCCAGAAGAAGACUGGUGAUAAGUACGCUCUGAAGAUGCUGCAGGAUAGUUCCAAGGCCCGCAGGGAAGUGGAGCUCCACUCGAGGGCGUCCCCUUGUUACAACAUUGUGCGCAUCAUUGAGGUUUAUGAGAACCUUUAUCAGGGCAAGAAGUGUCUCCUUAUUGUCAUGGAGUGCAUGGAUGGCGGUGAGCUUUUUAGUCGAAUCCAGGACAGAGGAGACCAGGCCUUCACAGAGAGAGAGGCAUCUGACAUCAUGAGGAGCAUAGGGGAGGCCAUCCAGUUUCUACAUGCAAUCAACAUAGCCCACAGGGAUGUGAAGCCAGAGAAUUUACUGUAUUCCUCCAAGCAGCCCAACGCUGUGCUAAAACUGACAGACUUUGGCUUUGCCAAGGAGACCACGUCACACAACUCUUUAGCUACUCCCUGCUACACACCCUACUAUGUUGCUCCAGAGAUUCUGGGCCCAGAGAAAUAUGACAAGUCAUGUGACAUGUGGUCAUUGGGUGUCAUCAUGUAUAUCCUGUUGUGUGGGUACCCCCCAUUUUAUUCUAAUCACGGUCUACCCAUCUCUCCUGGGAUGAAGAGAAGAAUCAGGAUGGGCAUGUACGAGUUUACUGGCACUGAAUGGUCUGCUGUAUCACAGGAAGCCAAACAACUGAUUAGCACCCUCCUAAAGACUGAACCGACCCAAAGGAUGACCAUCACAGAGUUCAUGAAUCAUCCAUGGAUCAAUCGAUCAAUGGAGCUCCCCCAGACACCACUUCACACCAGCCAGGUUCUGAUGGAGGAGAGGGAUACAUGGGAGGAUGUUAAGGAGGAAAUGACCUAUGCCUUGGCAACAAUGAGGGUUGAUUAUGAGCAAAUCAAAAUCAAGGCCAUUGCGGACUCAACCAAUCCACUGCUAUUGAAAAGGAGGAAUAAAGCCAAUAAUGCCAUGGCGAACCCAAAGUCCGCUGCCCACUGAAAGAUGCACGCAUGCAUGCACAUACAAACACAGGUUGUGAAAAGGAAGCAAUAAUUUGUCGACAUAAGUCGCAUUGCAUGGAUUUUGUCAGUGUUUUAUUUUUCAUGGCAAAUUCUAAUGUUUUGUAAGAGUGUUUUUGUUUUUAUUACUUUUACCAUUUUAACAAACUCAUCACUCUGUUCUGGCAGAGGGGAUGAUUAUCUGUGUUUUUACACCACUGAAGAGAUUAUCAACUAUAGAAAAGGAGAGGACAGGAAAUCAGUGAGAUCUCUUUCCUCUUCUUUCCCAAAUAUCAGGUUGUGUACUCAGAGGGGCUUGAAUGUUGGAAUAGGACAUGAAGCCUUAGCAUUAGCAGUAGUUAUCGUUUAUCCUGCAGCCCCGCUCUAGCCCCAAACUUCUGAAUGUCAAAUCAAAUGGCUAAAUCCCAAAAAUAUAAACAAGGGAAGGUUUCUUUUUUACAUACAUGCAGAGUAAGCAGAUGUAUUUUGAACUGACAUGUGGAAUGUAAGGACUCUGUCCCUGACUGUUGGAAUUAGCUGGAAAUAGUUGCUAAUUUCUGUGACUUGGACUGGGACUGUCUGUCAGGUUCAGUUUGUCUUUGUGAAUAUUGAACAGAGGCCUAUGCACUCACUCAAGGGCCGUGUGCCAUUCUGACAGAGCACCUCACUUGUGGCCCCUCUCUCCUACCUUAAUCUAGGCUUGUUUUUCAGGUAUAUAGUUUUAAGGCAGAGAAAGAAGCCAUGUUUAAAAACAGAAACUGGCCCAUCUUUCUCCUGCAUGUAGCUCAAAGGAGAGCAGGAGGCAACUGAUACUGUAUUUUUUCAUGGACGUUAUGGACGUUUUAGCAUAGGCCUUACUGAGUAUUGCUAAAUCAGCAAAUGGCUUUUAACCCCCGCCUACCAUUUGGUUCAAGCUUUUACCAAUGUUAUGCUUCCGAAUAUAAAACAUUGCCACAUUAUAUUUCAGGUUAAUGCUAUGCAGAUGUGUUUGUCAGCUUAAAGUACUGCUAGAGCCUUUUUGUUAGUGAUUUCUGUUUGCAAAUAUGUUGGAGAGAUGUCGAGCAACAAUAGGGAGUGUUUGUGUGUGUAUAUGUAGGCAGUAGCAUCCCCUUGAGAGUACACCGUGCAGACUGGUCAUUUAGACUUACUGUUGGUUAAACCAGCUCAACUAUCAGGAGGCUCAGUCUUUGGCUAGUUUGGUACAAUGCCAGUGUUCUCCAACAAUCCUCCACAUGUCCUGGAGGAUUGAUAGAAAGUAGGAAAGUACUUAAGAGCUGCUCCUCGUCCCUGAGGACAGUCUGACAUACCACCAGCAAGCUGUUUUCACAUUCACAGAGGGUACAUUGGUUUCUUCCUCACUCGUGUUUUGUUGUUGCACAAUGGACACUUCACAGCUUAGUCGGGAUCUUAGGAAAAGAUUGAUUACUUGGUCACUUUGAUUCCCUUCAUUUUGUAAAGUCACACCCAUAUUAGUUUUCGCAUCGCACCUAAAGUCUCUCAGUAAGUAAAAAAUGUUUCUUGAAUGUUUCUGAAAAGUUUUUGUUUUUAUUGUUCCUCUCAACACAUUUUUGUAGUGGAAGCACAUAUGUGUCUCUGUUUUCCUGUCAUUGAAUCUGUUCAGCUCCACCUGCCGUACUUUUGUCUGCUUCAGCUUUGGAUUAAAAAAACAAACAAAAAAAAAACGCAAAAUGCUUUUUUUUUUUUUUUUUAAAUCUUCUUUUCUAAAUUUGAAAUCAGUUUUGAAAGUCCAAAAAAAUAUGCAUUACACUUCUAAAGGCAGCAUACUUUACAAAUAUAAUAAAUGGUAUAGAUGUCACAAGUGUUGAAUUUCUAUAUAAUAGUUUCAAAAUCAUCCAAAAUUCUUGCUGUAAAAAUUAUGUUGAAAUUUAAAUAUUUGGUAGAGUUGUCUCCUGGACAGUCUGGUGAUGUUAUAGUAUCUAGUUUUAACUCUGUUAUCGUAUAAUCCCUACAACAAGUGACAUUUGACAUCAUUGCCUCUUUUGAAAACGGACCCAAAAUCUGAAAGGAUGUAUAACGUAGAGUUACGAAUGAAAUGCCAGGAGAAGUAGCCCUACUGUCUAACUUUGAGGUUAUUACAUAAUGCAGCCAUUUUAUUGUGAUUGCUGUGUAUUCCAUGUGUGAGAUCUGUUCUGGAUUGUCAGUUGUCCUCUAAAUGAACAAAUGCCUACAGAAUUUUGUAAAGAAAACCUAUCUUUAAAGUAUUUUCACCAUAU